GCGUAACGGGUAUCCCGGUAUGCGUGCGAUCGCACGUAUACGAGCGGUAUGUACGCACACCAACAACAAUUUUCACUGCACCCGAGGGUUCGAGGCAACGAAAAUUUCUACCAACGUUCACUGUUCUUCGAUAAGUUGUCGACCGCGUUUUGAAGUCCUUCAGGUACCAGUAAAACCUAAACUCAAAAACAACAUCAUCAUGUUCGUCUCGUCGGCUGCCCGCAUUGCCCCAGUUGCCCGAAGCCUGGUCCUCAACGGAACCAAGGCGUACAUCCGACCGAUCAGCAGCGCCGUCAUCUCCCAGAGCCAGACUCUUGCUGCCCAGAACACAGCUCCAGUUGCUCUGUUGCCACAGGUCCGGUCAUUCCAGACUACCCCGGUCACCCGUGACAUUGAUUCUGCUGCCAAGUUCAUCGGAGCCGGUGCAGCCACGGUUGGUGUUGCCGGAUCUGGUGCCGGAAUCGGAACAGUAUUCGGAUCGCUGAUUAUCGGUUACGCAAGAAAUCCGUCGCUGAAACAGCAGCUGUUCUCCUAUGCUAUCCUGGGUUUCGCCCUGUCUGAAGCCAUGGGUCUGUUCUGUCUUAUGAUGGCUUUCCUGCUGCUGUUCGCUUUCUAAACUACUUAUCUCCCUACAUAAUCGGACGCAAACCCCGGUACUCUUAUGUGUAAAGGAGAAGCGAAGGAGAAACAAACAUCCUGCCCCCCCGUCAAACUCAAACCCAUAACACACACACACACCCCCAACACGAACGAACCAUUUUACAUCAACAAUCCCCGCGUCGUUCCCACUCUGUAUUAGGGUACCUUUUUGUUCGAAUCGUGUCGACUAGAUAGUUUCGGAGUAGAAAAGGGAAAUAGCGCGAAAAGAAGGAGGAAGUUACAUUCCUGCCUUCGGAAAAGUCUAAGUCUAAGAGGAAAAGUUCAAAUUAUGCAUUCUUAGGGUGGAAUAAAACAAUCCAAAACACAUAUUAUACCAGGUGCCGCUCCUGAGCUUUUCGAAAUCGAUACGCAACACAAAACACACUAUCGGAAGGGAGAGGAUACACGAUAUAACAGUGGGACACUGGCACACGGCGGAACACACAGAUACGCAACCUUCUGUUUAAGCGAAGCAUUACAAACAAACAAAAGAAUAACGAGACUAACAACCAAAAAAAAAAAAACAAAGGGUACAUACAAAUGCUCUUCCGGAUCGUGUCUGUGGUCCGUUUGCCGCAGUUCAGAAUUGCGCCAAACGCAUCACCCAUGACCGCGGAAGUAAGCCUGAAGGAUCUCGGAACAACGAUUAUGACCGCUUCAAAGGGCAGUCACCAGGGAAAGUGUUAGAAGAACGACAUAAACCGACACGCCCCUCCGGCCAUCGAUACCACCAUCACAGACAAAUAAGAAGUCGCAACACAUCAUUCCGGAUUUUCCCCGGCAUCCCUCCCACUCCAUCCGGAAACCUACUUCCCGUAUCCCUAUUUGGCCCGUGUUUGGUUUGAAAUUUAUUUUACAAAUUUCACAACACGUGUGCGCGCGGUGCUUUGUGUGCAUUUUUGGGAGGAUUUGUACGCAAACACAGCAACACACAAUGCACGGGUACGGCAGGGUGAAGUAGGGCAUCCCUUUGAGGGCGGCCGAACAGAUUCUCGGAUAGUCCGCGGUAUGAUGAAUGGUGCGAACAAGGAGUGCCACUUGCAUAACCAGGGCCCGGAGGGUGUCUCUUUCCCUUGGUUUUUGAGAACAUCCACAAAACAUCGGACAUUUUUGCCGUUGUAAGAAAAUCAUGAAACGCGCACGUUAGAGAGAGAAGCAGAAAGCAGUGAGUGGUGAUCCAAACGUAAAUAAAGAAUGAGACUAGUUACUGGUACAAAACUGAAGAGAAAA